AGGAGGUGACGUCGUCACGCUCCGUCAGCCUGUGUUGAUGUUUUGGAGAACGGGAAGAGGGAGACGCUUUUUGUUUUUGUUCAUCUCAAACCGUCGAAAAGGAGCCGAGAGGCCGCUUCUUUCUCCGCCUUGGGUUCGACUGAGGGUCUCAUCUUGGUGGUAGGAGCCUAACGGCCGGUCCGGACGGUGAACAGGCCGACACUUUUGGUCCAGAACAACGGAGCUGUCCCCAUUUCUGACCGCCUCCCUGCUCCCCUAACACCGUUUCCACCAUGACGAUCCUCCCGAAGAAGAAGCCCAGCUCCGGGGUCGGAGUCUCGGACCACACCGAUGACAACGAUCGCCGGAGCGGCUCCGACCCUCACCAACACCCGCAUCCCCACACAGGGCGGACCGGAGCCAGGCCGAGGGCUUCGCCUCCUCCGUGGUCCUACCAGGGCGCCCCACCUUCAGCCAGAGACGACAGGCGGAGCAUCGAGGCCAGCUCCCGGCCUCAGCAGGCCUCCCCGCCUCCUGUGGGCUCUGUGUCUCCAGUGGGGCCAGGGGACGGGCGAGACAGCAGCGGGGGGAUGGUGAAUAGCUCCCGCGGAGAGCUGGUGGUGUCCUCCGGGGUGGUUGGAUGCGGCGGAGCGAUAGGAGGCUGUUGCUCGGGGCCUGGUCUGAGCAAGCGGCGGCGGCAGGCUGGAACCUGCUCCGGGGGGGUGGUAGCUGCUCUGGCCGGUGGAGGCCAGCCGGGAGUGACCGGACCGGGAGGAGUGGGCUCCAGUCAGGACACGGAAGAAGGAGCCGGGAACAACAGCGAGGAUGAGUACGAGAACGCGGCCCGGCUGCAGUCGGUGGACCCGGCCACCGUGGAGCAGCAGGAACACUGGUUUGAGAAAGCUUUGAGGGAGAAGAAAGGCUUCGUCAUCAAAAAGAUGAAGGAGGACGGGGCGUGUCUCUUCAGAGCUGUGGCCGAUCAGGUGUACGGAGAUCAGGACAUGCACGAGGUGGUGAGGAAGCACUGCAUGGAUUACCUGAUGAAGAACGCAGAUUACUUCUCCAACUACGUGACGGAAGACUUCACCACAUACAUCAACAGGAAGAGGAAAAACAAUUGCCACGGCAACCACAUCGAGAUGCAGGCCAUGGCCGAGAUGUACAACAGACCGGUGGAGGUGUACCAGUACAGCACAGAGCCAAUCAACACAUUCCACGGCAUCCACCAGAACAACGACGAGCCAAUCAGAGUCAGCUACCACCGCAACAUCCACUACAACUCUGUGGUGAACCCGAACAAGGCCACCAUCGGGGUGGGACUGGGACUGCCUGCCUUCAAACCCGGGGUACCAGAACCACACCAGAACCCUGCAUACGCAGACCAGUCGCUGAUGAAGUCGGCCAUCAAGACGUCAGAGGAGUCGUGGAUCGAGCAGCAGAUGCUGGAGGACAAGAAGAGGGCGACGGACUGGGAGGCCACCAACGAAGCCAUCGAGGAGCAGGUGGCCCGGGAGUCCUACCUGCAGUGGCUGCAGGACCAGGAGAAGCAGGCGCGGCAGCCCCGUAAAGCCAGCGCCACCUGCAGCUCGGCCACCGCCGCCGCCUCCAGCGGGCUGGACGACUGGAGCGCCCGCUCACCACGGCAACGGGACGCCGACCCCUCUCACUCGGACCUCACGACCGCCCCGUCGACCAACAACAAGCCGCCGUCCCCCGCCGGGGCCGCCCUCAUCCUGAGCAAACCGCCGUCGCCCUGCGCCCCAGGUCCCAGCAACCAGAGCCGCCACCUGGAGUACAGAGCCAUCAUGCAGGAGAUGUCCCCCACAGCGUUCGGUCUGACGGACUGGGAGGACGACGAGAUCCUGGCCUCGGUGCUCGCCGUCUCCCAGCAAGAAUACCUGGACACCAUCAAACACCAGAGCGCUGCCGCCGCUGCCAUGCAUAGAGAGCGUGAGCCGUCGCCGGACAGCAGCUGAUAGCCGGGUGACGGCGCUCCGGACCCGCCCUGCCUACUUCCCCCACCUCAGACCCAACCCCACAGACGGAGCUCUAACAUGGAGAAAAUAAACCAUCCAACCACAAUGCACUCUUUUUGUUUUCUAAAUCCUCCGCUUCACGCCCGCCGCCGCCGCCCCCCACCCUCCUGGUUCCCUCUGAGACGGAGCUGGGUCCCUGCGCUGAUCCGGGAUCAGUUCUUAUUUAAAUGUGGACAGCUUCCAGCAGUUUGAAUUUUUAGUUCCUGUUCUCACAAUCAGGCUGUCGGCCCCGCGGUUCCGACCCGAGCCGGACUGUCCGGGGGCCAUCCGGCUCUGCUCGGCGAUCAAAAGUCUUAUCAUGUUCUGUUAGGCGCCGAUCAUUCCCAGCGAGGGCGCAGCGGAUAGAAACGCCUCCUCAUCAUCACCUUCAUCAUCAGACUUAUUUAGCUGCAUGUUAAACAGCCGAGCUCAUCAUAGAAGAAAUGACGACUUCAAAGGAGAAGACAUAGAAAAUUGUCAUACUUAUCCUCUUAAUGAUUGAUUAUUGUUGCUAUUAUUAAUAAUAUAAGUUUGUUUUAUUUUAUUUUCUCAGUUGGGAUGAAAACUUUUUUUUGUUUCUUGGAAUAAAAAGAGGAAGAAGUUUCUGAAAAGUA